AUGUAUUGGGUACGACGUUCUGCGAUUGUCCUGGCCGUCCUCCUGUGCCUGUCCUUCAUAGCCUGGUCAGUGCCUCGCAUCCUCGACCCGACGAGCAAGGACGCCGAGAAGCGUGCCAAGGACCAGCGAUGGGUUGCUAGCAGCCCGUACUUUCUGGAUCGUCAAUUAUGUCGAUGGAUCAGCCUGUGUGGCAUUCAUCAUCUGCGCAAAGACCCGGCGUCUCACGGAUACGACUGGGAAGACGACGAAGAUUAUAAUGAUGACUUGAGCGGCGAGUUGAGGAGAACUCGUGCCUGGGACGAGGACGUCGCGGCGCCAAGUGGGAAGAGAAACGUCCUCCAACGCAGGCGGGUUCUCAAGGAAGUUCCCGACUACGUCUAUCGAUAUGCGCCACUCGUUCACUUGUACUCGGGCGAGGAGUUCUGGCCCUCGGAUAUCAGGGAACAUCUCGAGCACAUGACAGUCUAUCAAGAUAGCACUGUACACAACUCCACAGACUGGUCGCUGCAUAACCUUGGCCAACUAAACAAGCUCAACGGCAUGGUAACGCUGCACAGCAACGACGACGUGGAGAGCCGACCACCUUGGCUUCACAGCCACAACAACAUCCCCGAGCCAUUUGAGGAUGACCCCGAUACUGGAGGCUCACCGCCCGCACGCCGCCCCAACAACGAGGACCUCUCCAAUCGGGAGCACUCGACCUGGUAUGAUACCAACAAGGAUCACCCAGUUCAUCGUCUUUCCGACCCCAGAAAGUACGGCUCCAGUUUUGACCGUUCGCGGCGAAAUCGGUAUUUGACGAAAAAUCCGCUUGAGGAACGGGGCCACAAGCCCGACUCCGACGGGUAUUCCCGAGCCCCAGCUGUCCUCGUUCUCGUCGACAAGGGAGAGGGUGUUGUCGACGCCUUCUGGUUCUUCUUCUACUCCUAUAACCUUGGCCAGACGGUAUUCGGCAUGCGCUUCGGAAACCACGUCGGCGACUGGGAGCAUUUCAUGAUCCGUUUCCAAGACGGCAAGCCUCGCGGCGUCUUCCUGUCGGAGCACGAGGCUGGCCAGUCCUAUGUGUGGGAUGCUCUUGAGAAGUCAUCCACCGGCCGCCCGAUCAUCUACUCAGCCGUUGGAUCCCACGCCAUGUAUCCUCAGGCCGGUGAUCACCCGUACGUCCUUCCCUUUAAGAUGCUCAAAGACGUCACGGACAAGGGCCCGCUCUGGGACCCCGGUCUGAACAACUACGCCUACCACUACGACUACACCCUCGAGAAAGACGUCGAGGAGUCCUCCACGAGGCGAAGCCCUAGCCUUGUUGCUGCUGCCAACAACCCGCAGGCCCCAACCUCGUGGUUCCACUACACCGGCCGCUGGGGCGAUGAGGUGUACGCCCUCUCCGAUCUGCGCCAGUGGCGCCUCUUCGGCCAAUACCACUACACCACCGGCCCCACGGGACCCAAGUUCAAGUCUCUCGACCGCAAGCAGCUGUGCAAGAAGGAAAAGUGCUUGGUCGGCUACGAACUCGAUCCCAAGAGGUCUUGGCGAGACUAG